UGGAACCAUAUCGUUUACAGUACAAUUCCAAAAUCAAACACGAACGUAAACCUAUCCUUCGAAAACUGAAAUGAAAUCAUGGCAAAACCCAUUCCACGACCACAACAACUUUGACACCGGCAUCGAUACAAUGAUGAACCCGACGAUCUUGUCCCCAUCUUUCAUGGUCGAAGGUCAGCAAUUUUGUGAUGAAGCAGCAGACGAAACCGAAGCUGACAACUCCCAGGCCGGUAACCUCAAUGGCAACGACAGCAUGGGUUAUUUAAAAAUUCUUUCGUCUGAUCAUGACAAUCCGAAUGAUACUAGCAUGGGUGAAGAAACGGAAAUUAUUGUGUCCACUGUUGGAAUGAAGUUUAAAGAUGAACUUGGAGGAGCAUGGUGUAAAAACACUUUCCAUCUUGAGCACAAUCACAUAACAAGUCCAUCUAGAUCAAGUCAAGCACAAUCACAGAACAAGUCCAUCCAAAUCAAGGGUAUACUGAUGCAAUCGCAAAAUCAGCACAUGUGAAAGGACAGCUUAAAAUAAAUGAGAUUGAUGGGGCAUUCCAACAACAUGUAUCCUAAACCCUACAAAAAUUGAAGGUUAAAAAUUUUGAUAAAAAAAUGAUGAAA